UGUUAGGUUAUGAAAUGAAUUUAGUUUCUGUUUUCUGUUGACAAAAAUAAUUUGAAUAAUAUGCCUAUUGUUUGAAUAAGAUUAGUUAUUUUUGUUAACCAUCGUCUAAAUUGUAAAAUGCUCUACCUUAGUGUUUCCAAACUCAUACCAAUGUAUGGGCACAUUGUGAAAAAUUGCAAAUCAAAAUUGUGCAUAGUCAGUCAAAAUCUGAAAAUAAGAUCUGUUUUGACUAGACCUAACUCAAACUUACCCAAACAAGCAGAAUCAAAAACUGAACCUCCCAACAUUAAGACUAACAACCAAGAGAAAGACAAGAUAUUGUUUUACUACGAGAAUCCAAGAUAUUAUACUAUUAUAAAUGCAUUUGCAUUUGUUCAGUUUUUCUUUUGGCUACAUUUAUCAGAAUUUUCUCUUAACAAAGGAGAAAAGCUGAAAAUGGAAAGCAAUGAAUUCUCACCAUGGUGGAAAAAAAUAGAUUUGGAGGAUAAAAAAACGAGAAAAAUAGUCGCAUCAUCAUGUUUUUUGAUUGGCUAUCUUAUUUUAUCUGUGUCUUGGAUUUAUACACUUCGUUCAGUUCGUAUGUUGGUGCUUCGCAAGGACAACAAAACUGUUUCAAUAGUUACCUACGGCCCAUUUGCUCGCAAUAGAGUCUUGGAGGUUCCUUUGGAAAACAUUACUACCAAUGUAUCAAGAGAGUUCGCCAAAACUCAGUUACCGAUUAAAGUUAAAGGCAAGUGGUUCUACUACAUUUUGGAUGUAAAGGAAGGUAAAUUCCAAAACCCUGUGCUUUUCGACCACACAGCUGGAAUGAAGAGGACUUUCAAGUGAUGUGUUGUUGACUUCUCCCAAGAACAAGACUGAAGGAACAGUGUAGUUAAUGGCAACAUCUGUAACUAAAGUUAUUACUUAUAUUCAGCUUGAAUUUGAAUAGUAAAAAGUAAUGACGACUUUAAAAAGUUUUUAUUAUUGUUUUCAUCAUAUUCCGAUGUAGGACUUCAGAUCUAAACCUCUAUCAUGCAAUAUAACCACAAUAUGUUUCGACAUUCAGCUACUUCUAUAAGAUUUUAAAAACGAUUAGAUUUUGGAUUUUGAAAAAUAUUAACUUAAUUUUAAAUUAAUGUCACACUAUUAUCUUUAGUUCAUUUUUCGUUUUCACCACUAGAUUACUUAAAUCUUUAUCUGAUAGUCAAUAUAAAUUUAAAAAUAAUAACAACUACAGUAUCAUUAAUUUAAAAAAUAGUCAUAACCCUCUUUUAUCAAAUAUUAUGAUCUUAGAUCUUGUUUAAUGGAUUGACAUCAAAGACUGUACCUAUUGAUUUUGGCAACAAUGGCAACAUAAUGCUGUUAAAAAGAUAUUGUAAUAACAUUUUAUUGUUUCUACACCUAUAAACUUAAGACAUGUUAAUGCAGGGGUGUGCACAAUUCAAUGUUAUUCACCAUCUGUACAAUCCUUUGGUCUCACUGUAUUUAUUUUUAAUGUUCAAUAAGUAGAUGUUUAGAGUGGAUUUGUGUUGUAAAUAGUAGAUUUUCUCAUGUAAUAUAUUUAUUGUAAAA